AUAUGAAAUUAAAUUAAUAUUUCGAUAAAACAUUCGUUAUUAUUAGAAUAUUUGUUCUAGAUAAGUUAAAUUAUUUUAAGGGGUCUUAAGUAUUUGUUUUAUUUGUUCGUUUAAUUGUGAUGUAGAAUUGUGAGAAUUACAAUAUAAUAUAUUAAAAAUGUUUCGGCAAGACAAUUCAAAAGCUUUUAUGAAAGACCCUCAUACUGCGAAUUGUAGGAUUUAUAUUGGAAAUAUAAACGAGCAUGUGAAUUCUCAAGAAAUAGAAACACAUUUCGCAAAAUAUGGAAAAAUUCUCGGCGUUUUGCUACACAAGGGAUUUGGCUUUAUCCAAUUCGAAAAGGAACAAUCUGUCAAUGAAGCCAUCAAAAUGGAACAUCAAAAUAUGUUUCAUGGCCGAAACAUGAUUGUGAGACGAGCGCAAAGCAAUGUAGGAGGAGCAGGUGGUAACUCUGCAGGCCCUGCUAACGCAGGUUCUCUCACGAAUCGUGAUUCGGGACCGUUUCCAAGUCACUCAGCACAUGAGGGUGCAAGACCAGGUCCUGGUCCCGGGCCUGGUCGUCUUGUUGACACUCCGCAAUUUGCAGGCGGAGGUGGUUUUGGGGACUCCAGAGGCCGUGGGCGUCGUGGUGGAGAUGCUAGACCUCUUGCAAAUAGGGGUAUGAUGCCAAAUCCCCAAGGUUCAAUGCUAGGAAGAGGCAAUCCAGUUCGAGAUAGAUCGCCAAUGGAACCUCGAAAUGUUUAUGCUUCAAUGAAUUCCACAAACACUCCAAUCAAACAUCCUGAGCACAGAGAGGAUGGAGACCGAAACGAUUGUGAAAUUAUAGUACUAUCAAAAGCACUCACUAAAUAUGCAGAAUUUAUAGAAGAUAAAUUGCUUGCUAUAGGAUUAACUGUGGAUUUAUUGUAUCCUAAUGAAGAUGUGCCAAUACGUCGUGUUUUGGCAAACAUUUGCAGUCGAGGUUGCAUGUAUGCAAUUCUAGUCUUGCCUCAAAAUCAAGAAAACCAUAGUUUAACUUUAAAUAUUCUACAUGGAUCACAACAAGAACAUCGAAACAUUUUACUGUCUGAUGCCGUUACAUUACUAAAAAAUGAUUUUGAAUCUAUGCGCAGAGGUGCACCACGAAUUCAAAACCUCUGUAAUGUUCCAUUUGCUAAAGACAGACAUCCUGAUAGUAUACAUACAUUGAUAAGCAUACUUAAUAACAAUAGAAUGCUGACAGUUCUUCAAUAUGAUAAGCUAAUAAGAUACCUUCAGGAUCGCAGAGAAGAACAAGUAAAAAUUGAGUUGGGUGACUGCAACGAUAUGCCUUUGGAAACGACACAAACUAAAACUCAGCAAGAACUGCAACAAAGAAUUUUAAGUAUAUUAAAUAAGCCAGAUACAAUUUCUAAACCAAAUAUUCCAGAUGUUUCUGGUACACCACAAUGGUCUUCUCCACAAGCACCUCAUUCAAAACCACCUAAUACACCUUUAUUAUAUGACCCCACUGUACAAAAGGCUCUUGAUAGUCUUAUGCAAGGCAACUUACUCCAAAAUAUUGGGGUUAAUAGAUUUUGUUAAUGACUUCUUGAAAAA